AUGGGCCUCUUACUGCUGUGGGAAAGCGACAGUGAGAGACUGAAGCUGCGAAUGAGGAUAGCGGCCGCGAAUAGGCUCUUUGGGAUUUUCGUGGAGCAACAGGCACAUUGCAGACUGUAUUUACCUUAUUUGAAAUAAAGAAGCAGCCUUUUCAAUGAACGAAUGGAGCUACCGUAGAAUAUAUUAUAGUAUCAUUGAUGAAAUCGGAUGGAUAGGAAUGACUUAAUGGCACUCUAAGAGGCGUUUUAAGAAUUGACUAGAUUUGUCUGAAAGAAAUGUAAAGAUGGCGAUAAUUUCCGCUGUCACAGUCGACAGUCGCGCUGUCACCCAUCACUCGGUUCGAGGUCGCAGACUUUUAUAUUGAAUCAAUUAAAAGGUCGACCAAUGGAGCAACAAUCACCAGGAGUUUGACGAUUCUCAAGACCUUAAGAUCAAGACGGAAGACAUUGAGAGGGGAAUGGAUUCGGAGCUCAAAUCGGAGAGCAACGAAAAGGCUUGCGAAAUAUGCAAUGAAAAGUUCCACUUCGUAACGCGCCUGGUGGCGCAUCUCAGGAUUGCGCAUGGGAUUCAUAGGCCGUUCAAGUGUCAAACCUGCCCCAAGACCUAUCCCCAGCAGUUCAUGCUCAACGCUCACGUAAAGAAGUCCCACACUCCGAAAAUCGUGCCCUGCUCGCAAUGCGAGUUCAUGGGCGUCUCGGGGACGGACGUCGAGCGACAUAAGAGACGCAUCCAUAAGGAGGUCAAGUUCACCUGCGAGAUCUGCAGCGAGAGCUUCCUCGAGAAAGCGGCCCUGAUCGCGCACACGACGAUGCACAACUUCAUGCAGUACCAGCAGUGCAACGCCUGCGGGAGCACCUUCAACGACGUCUACUCGCUGAAGGAGCACAAUCGGCUCUAUCAUUUCAGUGCGGAUUCGAUGACGAAACCCGAGGAAGUGCCCGAGCACAAAUGCGACAUCUGCGGGAAGCUCUACAAGUACAAGUCGGUCCUGAAGCAGCACAAGGUCAAGGCCCACGGCGACGCGCCGAAUUACGAGCGACGCCGAUACCUCUGCGCCCUCUGCGGCAAAGAACUCAAGACGGCUAAGGGCCUCGAAAUUCACAAUAGAUCGCACACUGGUGAGAAGCCUUACACCUGCGAGGUCUGCGGCAAGUGCUUUGCCUGCGAGACCCUCCUCAGGACUCACAACGUGACGCACACCGGAGAGCGCAAGUAUUCCUGCGAGCAAUGCGGCAAGGCGUUCACUCAGAGAUCCACCCUGGUAGUUCACAAGCGAUAUCACACAGGCGAGAGACCCUACGUCUGCCCCAGGUGCACCAAGGGAUUUGUCACUCGUACCGUUCUCAAUACUCAUCUUAAGUCCUGCCGUUGACCAUCCUGUGCUGCCAUCUUCACCUCCGCACGCAGGUCCGCCUGCAGGCUUCCUUUCCUCGGUUUAUCGCUGUUCCCGCCUGCUUCCGCCUGUUUCCGCCUGUUUCCUGCCUUGCAAAGCAGCGAUAUUCUUCGACCUUUCUAAAUCUAUCAAUUCAGUCAUCUUCUUGUUGCUCCUUCAAAAUCCACGCCGCGAGGUACAAGUAACACCACGGUGUUCGCACUUUCUACGCCUCGAAUGCCUCAAGGCUUCGACCCUCGCAAUCCUCGCGCGCACGUAUUCCAGCCUUAUUCAUUAAUCGUUCGGUCAAGUUGCUUUAAUCCGACGCACUCCCGAACUUAUUCGGAUCUAUUAGGAUCUGUCGCCUGAACAAAAGUUACUCUUUUGCGAACCGAAGGGAGGAAUAAGGGAGCAACGAUGAGCAGCGAUUAAUAAAUAACACUUGACUGAGAGCUGGUUGUUAACGUUAUCGAAUUAGAGUUAUCGAAAUACUAUAUUACAUUUAAGUUUCCUACACGUUCGGUUAAUUCUACUAUACUAUUGCUCUUAGAAUAAGUCUGCUGACCAAUUUGAAAUUUUACUACUUUUGUACAAAUAAUGAAACAUCCGAUUCUCGCUUCUGACUUAGCGAAUAUGAUUGACGUAGAUAAAAUUUCGCAUUAAAAGCACCCCAUGACGCGAUAACGCAGGACUGACGAUCAUCUUAGGAAAAAGAAAAUCUCAAUCUCGUAGAAUCUCAAGUUUUGGACUGUACUUCAUUGGAUACCUCACCGCACCUACGGUCCUCGUAUAUGUAUAACUAUACGCCAAGCUCUUACGGAAGCCACUUUUAUUUUAUGACGGCGCUUGGUUUUAUUUUUUUUUUGUCAUUAUUCCUCGCUUCGACAUCUGAAAAAAUCUCUUUCUACAGUUUCUGUAUUAAGUGCUAUCAGGAAAAGGGGGAGGAUAGUGAAUUAUGGGCGACUACAAAGAUUGCCGUUGAUUUUAAUAAAUAAAUCUUACAUAAAACAGC